GUAAGACACACUCCCUUCUGCCCUCCCCAGUCGACUUCGCGCCCCCCUCCCCUCACUAACCCCGAUCGCUUUCUAGUCUGGCCACCCUCUGCUGUUGCUUCCUGUGUGAGGAAUCCUGCGAGUGCUGUUUCGAGUGCAUCGAGUGCUGUGAAAUGUGCUAGGCUGCGAUCGAUACCGGGCGCUGCCUUGCCCGCCGCGAGGGCCGCGACAUAAGCCCAGCUCCACGAUCGAUGUAUGACCCUCGACGAUACGAUAAUUCCCUCUUCAUUGCGUGCCACACUAGACCGGUCAGGUUCGGGAGCGCGCACCAGGAAGCGCCGGGUGCUGCAGUUGCUUACGCGGUCUAGUCUAUCUCAGACAUUUUUUUUUGUUUCUUUUUUUUUUCUCCGUCUGUCUUCCUCCGUGCCUCCAUGGAAAUGCGCUUUCUGUUCGUUACGGGGAAAUCCCUCAGUCCGGGAAAAUGGGUUUAGGACUGACUACUACUACCACUACUUUACGAGGUGCUUUGGAACGGGAUGCAAGUGGAAUAAUUCCCCUUGUUUCAUGGGCGCUUGUAAUUGAUGACUUUGCUUUUUCUUUCUAUCUCACUUGGCCUUGUGUCUGCUGCGUUGGCUGUUUUGCUUUUUACUGCCGGUAAAUCUC